AUUUGGGACCAACGGGCGGAAGCAACAUGAGCUCCGACCAGACAGCGGUGAUCCGAGGGUGCAUCAACCACAAGCUCCUGUCGCCAGGGUUGGGCAAACUGUACGUGAGCUACUACCGGCAAAAGGUGUUUGCCGACAUAUUGGAGAACGGGACGAUGCGGUUCGAUGGCAAGGUGUACGUGAACGCGUCGGCGCUGACGCUAGCAAUGAAGCGGACGUUGAAUCCGGCGAUCAAGAGCGACCCAGGGUGGAUGUCGCUGUUCGUGGCGGACACGAACAAGUGCCUCAAGGACAUUCGAGAACAAUGGAUCGAGAAAAUCACGCCGCCGCCUCCCACGUCGUCUUCGUCUACCCCUUCGCACUUUUCGUCUUCGACGUUGAUGAAGUCCCAGGCCGCGAUCCGCCCCAAGCAGCUCCUUCCGUCGUCCACGGGCCACCGCGAGAUAUGCCACACAUGCAAGCGCGAUCGAGGGCCGCUCCAUGUCACGUGCGAGGCGUGCCGGCGCAGUUACCACAAUGCGUGCAUCUCGUCCACGUCCUUGACACCGUCAACCACGCCUUGGUAUUGCGAAGGGUGCAUUGAACAACACUGCGCCAUCGUGUUGAAGUUUUUACGCGAUUUGCGCCACGUGGCCAAGUACUACGAUGUGCAGCUUCCGUCUACUGCUGUGGAGGGCACCCAACCGACUGCUCCCGAUGCCGUCGCUUCCACCGCCGACGGCCCGGCCCCCGCGACCCCCGAAGCGGCGGCAGCUCCAUCUUCGAGCCCGUCGCUCCUCGCUCAAGUGGAUACGUUGAUUAACCAGUUGGAAACCCCCGCCACCCGCCUGAACGUGCUGGCCAACAGCACGGGUGAGUUGCUUGUGCAUUUGAGCCACUUAGACGUGGCGGCGGGGCUGCGGACGCUGGACGACCAGCUCGAGACCAUCGCGGCCGCGUGUUCCCGCGACAACGAGCCGGACGAUGUGUCCCAGAUCCUGUCGCCCGGCGCCGAGGGCAUUUUGAAGGUGCUGAAUCUGCGACACGGUAUCAUGUCGGCGCGCUACCACGCCAAGCGGACCACGGCGGCGCUCACGACGCUGUCGGAGAAGCGCAUUCGGUGCGUGAUGGUGUCAUGCGGAGAAAUUCGUGGCCAUUUGGAGAGAUUGAAUGAUGUACACAUAUGUAUUAGAGCCAGCGUCAAGGCACAGGCCAAGGUAGACGAAGCAUUUGAAAAGGAGGACAAAGUCCGCUUGGAGUGGGAGACGCGGGUGCGCGAGGCCGCGACGGACGUACGCCACCAGCACACGCACAUCACGCACAUCAAUGCGUUGGUGGACAACGCAGUACGCCAUCGCAAGACCCUUCGCGCGACGAGCCUCAAGAACCGGUUCAUUCCUGCGUAUCGCAUGGCCACGAAAGACUUGACCCUGAGCAGCGACCAUCUGCUGAUUACGAUUGUGGCUGACAAACUCAAGGGCGUGGCGGCGUCGUUGAACGAGUGGGAGGCGAUCCAACAUCACUUUGACGCGAUGCACGCGCUCUUGGUAGCGCAAAAGACCACGGGCCAGCCUACUACUACUACUAGUAGUAGUAGUAGUAUUACUAGCCAUGCGGCCAAAACCCCCGUGGACCCGGCGGAACGCCCGUUGAAAUUGGCCAAGUUGGAGCUGGAGUUGCCCCGCCCGCCGUCGCUCAAGUUGGUCGACCGCCAAUUGAAGGAAGUGGCCGCCAACUUGGCGGUGGUCCAGACGCAUAAAACCAAAGCGCUCGAAACGUUGUCGGUUAUCCAGCAGUCGUUUCAAAAUCGCAUUGGAGCGCCAGCGUCGAACGAAUGGCAGGCGUUGAUGGCGACGAUGGCUGAGAUGGUGCGCAAGUGUCAGCCCACUCCGGAUGCCGCGCCUAGUACUAGUAGUAGUAGUAGUACCCCAGCAACGACGACCGACGCCGUCGAGACUCGACGAGCAACAGCAUCCCCGACCCACUCUACCGUGGAAGGCCAAAGUGCCGUGGAGGACGAAGCUACUGCUGCUCCUACUAGCCAAACCAGCGAUGUCGAAGGGAAUGAUGACCAUGAGGCGGCGAUGGGGAAGGAUGGAACGGACGACGGACCGGAAGUGGUCUCGCUGGACGGUGACGAUGAUGAUGAUGACGUGGUGGAAGUGCUGGACGACGACGACGACGAAGAAGACGAUGUGGACGAUGCCGAUUACGUCGAAGGCGAGCAUCUGGACGACCAAGAUCGGACUUCGGGGGGUUAAGCGGCGGUGGGAAACGAACCUGCCCGACCCCGACCGUGGCCUUCAUAGUACAGUGUGGCUGGCGUAGCACCAGUAUGUGGUUGGAUCGAAGAUUUACAAGGGUAUUUUGGGUGGGUACUGUAGGAGAUUGUCUUCUUAAUAUGCAACCAAUUGACAUGGGACUGAAUCGAAUAAUUGGGCGUUGGGCAGUAGUGUGCGAUGGAGGAUAAGCUGGGCGUUGGUUGCCUAGCAACUUGCUUUCUCAUCGUGUCACCUACUUGGAUCGGUGCAUGGAUAUAG